CGGAAAUGCUCUGUCUGGCAACAUUAAGAACUUUAUUACAGUUACCCUCCAGCUACAAAAUGUUGAAGACAUUUUUGAAACUCAUGACGGUCAUAAGAAUGAACAAGAAGGUAUAAUGUCAACAGCCUGUGUUUGACUCAGGGAAUAUAAUGUUGGAUUAAUUAGUAUGAAAUGUUAACUCAGAAAGCUGUCAUUUUUAAUUAGACUUUUCUAGAGUGUGUGCCUCCUAAUUGUCUAAGGUUUUAUAAAACAAUACAGAUUUGGGGAAAUUUCAUAAACCAGAUUUCAACUGCAGUCAAUAAGUUUAGUUUUGUAAUGAAUGUGUUCCUCUCUACUCACCAUCUCCUAAAUUUUUUUAUUUGUUUUUCUUUUCCUUAAAUAAACACUAAAAGCAUCAUAAUUUGCGCUGUAGUGUUAUGGUGCCAAAAGUGCCCUGGUGGUCUCCCAGAGAGGCAAGGUGUAACAGUUAUCAGGCAAGAUGUUAAACCUGGGCGUGAGCCAGAGGUGGGUGGGGAGGGGUGGUAUAAAUAAGGCAGUCUUGGCACCAUAACCACUAUAUCCUUUAAUCCUAGCACUGCUGACUGUUUUUGAUGUAUUUGCCAAAUGGUUACUGUUGCUGCUAGAGGGCAGAUAGUAGAGAUUUAAACAGAGCCACCUUCAAAAUGCUGGUAAAAUUACCUGAUUUGUUUUUAGUGAAUCUGACUGAAAUUCGGUGUUUGAUAAAUAUUAAAAUCCUAAAUAUUAUAUAGGAACAGCACAGAUGAAUGAAUGAUUUAUAAGCAAUCACUGGAUGGUUCUGAGUUAGAUGUUCUCAUUUGGCCUACAUAACCAAAUUACUUCUGGCUUUGCCUACAUAACCAAAUUACUUCUGGCUUUACUAAAUCGGUUGAAAUUCAGUAAUUAUGUUUCUAACUUGAGUAAAAUUAUGGCUUUAGUGAAUAAACCCUUUUGUGAUUAACCCUGUUAGCGAAUAGUGCAAAAAUGCUAAAAGAAAUAACUUGUGUUCAUUUAGAGUUUGGUUCAGUGGAGAGAAAUGUCUUGCCUCUGCUGUCAUGCUAAUUAAAAUAAAUCAAGGGGUUUCUUUGGAAUUUAGCAUGUGAUAGUCAUGAGAUUGAGACAAAAAGGAUUAAGGGAGUAAAGUAGUGUUUGUGUCCAGUAUAGAAGAAAUUCUCCACUGACUGAGAGGUAGGUACGAUGAAUAAUUCUGUUUUCCCAUUUAAAAGAUCUGACUUUAAUUUUGCUUUCACAGUGAGUAAAAUUAUACUCUACAGCAGUUAGAUCAAUUUAGCAACAGACAAUGGUUUUAUUCACAAUUUGGCAAAUUAAAUAGUUAAUUUUAUUUAUUUAUUUGCACAGGUAUACUUUUUGACAGCGAUGUGAAUCCUCAUUGAUGGGAACAGGCAUAUUGGGGUUUCUGUAUACAAAACGUCAAAUUCAUCAACUCCAUAUUUGCACCAAUUUGGUGCAAACUGGAUAUUUUCUUGUAUGUGUAAAACUGUUAGUCCUUCCAUUAUAUAUUUGUGCAGUUUUCCACCUUUUCUUCAGUUAGUCAUAUUAAUCAGUUCUGACACUUAUGCAUUUCUAUAUUUCGUUUUUAUUUUAUGUUUGUUUUUUUCUGAUGAUUUUACCAUUGAUUACAUUAAAAAAUAGGACAAAUGAGUAAUAUUACUAGGAAAGAAAAUGUUUAUUUGCAAAAGAUUGUAUUGGAACAUUAAACAAAAAACAGAAAUGUGAAAGUGUACUAUCUUUGUCAGAAAACCUACCACUAUUACAGGCGCUGAAAAAUUUGUCAGAAAGAAAAAGUGGAAAUUGGGUCUAAACACUGCAUGCUCACUUGUAAGGCUGUUUUAUUGCCACCUUUCUUAUUUCCUAUUUGUGACAAUUUUAUUCAAUUAUUUGCCUGUUUUUCCGGUUCCAUUUUGGUAUUUUAUUUCAGUUCACAAAUGUGUUACUUCUAACACAUAAUUUUUAUUUUAUUGCAUUAGAAAAACCAGUUACACAAUACCAAGAGACAAGUCCUAUAAAGUACAUUACCAAAAUAAAAAGAUACAAACUGAAUGAAAAAGACAAAGGGUAUUACACUUAAGGGGUAACUCAAUCCAACCCUUAAUCUGCAACUCCUGUGUCCUUCCCUUGGAAUGAAAGUGUUAAUGGGCUUUUCCUGCACCAGUUAUAAUGGGUGUGGUGUAUUUAUGUGCAGUUUUAAGGGUGAAUUGAGAGGCGGUAGUUUUGGUGUUGUAGUAAGGUAAUUUUUUUUAAUUUAUUUUUUUGCCUUUUAGUAGCACCUUUGUAAUGCCCCGUCCUGACUCCUCUCGUGUGAUGGGAGCAUUCAGCAGUGCUGGAAGAGGACAUGGCUACUCAGGUCUUAGCUCAGAAGAGUGAGUAUCAAUAUAAUCUUAUUCUGUACGUCUGACUUAAUAUCUGUGUAUUGAAGGACUUUUUGGUAUUAGUAGGUUAAAGCUAUUAAUGUGUUUAUAAGCAUGUCAUGUAUUGUAAAUUAAAAGCUCAAAUUACUUCCAAUAUAAAGGUUUGUGUAUAAAUACACGCUUAUUCAAAUGUGUGUUUAUGCACACAUAGUAAGUGGUUACUUUAAAGCUUUGUAUGAACAUUUUAUUUUGGUCUGAUACUUUUUCUGAUAUGGCACUCUGGCUUUUUUUUUUUUUUUUUUAUAACUAUAAUUACGUACAAGUUUGGUCCAUAAGCUCACAUUAUCUGCUAUCUCUCUUCCAUCCUGUUUAAUUUUAGCUCCAAAAUAUUGCUUUUACAAGUCCAUGAUUUUUAUUUUUGAGAGUUGUAGUACAUUUGGCUUUCCUGCAGCAGAAGGCUGCAAAUUCAACCACAAUGCCACUAAUGCCAUUCUAAAACUGUGGUUGUGGCUUUUUGAAUUACAUUUUUUUUUAAAUUUUAUGAUCCAUAUUUGGAUAGUAAUCUGUUCAAUACGUAAAUAUACUCUAGAAGCAUAUGCCAGGUUGUCUUCUUUGAAAUGAAGCACACCUGGCCAUUUGAUUACAACUGCAUAUUGUGAAUAUUCCCCUUUGGUAUUUUACUCUAGUAAUUGUGACCUUCAAGCGGAUAGAGAACCUUAUUCUCAAUAAUAAAAUGGAAACCAAAAUAUAGUAAAGCCUACUAUUUGAUCCUUUUGGAUUCUUGUGUAAAUGUCUUGUUUUCUUUUUAGGGUUGCUGGCAUAGCUAUUCUUGCUAUUAUAGCUGCUGUUGUUUUCAUUGCUGGAUGUUGGUACUUUAAAAGGCGGAAUGGCUACAAAAUACUUGGGGUAAAAACAUUUUUGUGUAUUUAUGAAUGGGUACCUCUUACUGCAAAAUUUUUCUUUUAAUUUUUUUAUUUUUUUUUUAAAUCCCUGCUUAGCAGAUACCCUUAAUGAAAACUUGCAUGCAUGUAAUUGUGCAUUUCCCUCUCCCCCUUCAGGGUUAUAUCUAAAAACUUGCAAAAGCGGCAGAUCUCAUGGCUGAAGCCUAUGCAAACCCUCUCCUUUCCAACUCCAGACUGUCUGUCCAAUCAGACUUUCCACCUAACUUUAAGAACUCAAUAGCUACAAGCUUACUCGAUAUUAAUGUGCAGUAAUUAUUAGCAUAACUUGUAUUGUCUUUAAAGACAGUUCAUGUGCACUUCAGCACCAUAACUACUACAUAACGCUUGUUGGUUAUGGUUCCAGUAGUGCCCAGGUGCCAACUCAUUAUAUGUAGCCUGUCUUAGAACAGUUUGUCUUAUUACCUGGAGUCUGCUCUACUCCAAUCUCUACCAUAGGGCCAGAAGCUCCUGAUUGGAGCCUUUGUUGGCUCCCCUGAGCCAAGUCUUGCGGUACACUGUAGCUCGUUAGUUGAGUCCUGCACUAGUGGCCUUAGCUCAGACAGAACUUUAGGUCCUUUUGGUUGAGGUGGGAUAGAAAUAAAACUGUUAUAAACUGGUUUGACUGCUUACAAAGGGAAGCUCCUUACCAGGGCAGUCCUGGCACCAUAACCACUACAAAAUCUGUGUAGUAAAGAUACUUGGAGCGCUUCCUUAAAAGGACUGAUAAAUGUCAAUCCCUUAUGGGAGUAGAUGCAGUUGUAAUAGUGGACACCACCAAGGUAAGCAGGGUAUACCAACGGUAACUUAUAAUAAAAGCUACUUUAUUAAAUCCCAAGAACAAUAAAACAGUAAAAUUAUCAAAGGCUAGUUGAGGCUUCAGCAACCUAUGGCAUGUGCGCCAUGGAUGGUAAUUGGGGUGUCUUUCCAUGGCACUCAAUGCUGCUAGAACCAAACAAGCUCUGGCCUAUCAGGAGUCACAGACUUCAGAUUUCUGUUAUUGUAAACAAAGUGGUAAGGGACAAUCCUCAAUUUAUGCGUUGCAGCACUUAGAGGAAGUGAUCUCAGACAAGUCCCCCAAGUACUUGUGAAAGGGAAUCCGCACUGGUGUAGAGCAACCCUUGACCUGACCAGCCAGGUCCCCACUGGACUCCACACUGCCAGUUAUACAUAGAGCUGCAGAAGAGGCCUGUUGCUCAUACAAAUAAUUAAUACGGCUCAAACACAUAUAGCCCCCACAAACACACAAUCACUGACAAUCCACAUAUGCAACCCCACAAGCAGGCUUUCACAUGCAAUAUCGUGUAUGUAUGUUUUAAAAUUAAAAAAAGAUCAAUCCUUAGUGAGAAACAUUUGUAUAGGCUAGAGAGGUUUAAACUUGCUCACUGUUCUAAAUGUCAAGUUGCAUAAUGUAGUUGCUAGGCUAUCCUAGUAGGAUACCUUCCCUUCUCACCUAUGAGGAGAAUUCUUUGGUGUCUUCUUAAAACCUCUACUAUGCCAUCAGCACAUGCAUAUCUUCCACCAUUCCUACAAUGCUCUCUAUGAUGGCUGGGGGAGGACUAGGAACCAUAUGUAAAACAUAUUCUUAAUCUAGAUACUUGGCAGAUUUCACCAGUUCUUGCUGCUGCUGAGGUGUUUUUGUGUGGUGGGUUUUUUUUUUUUUUUUUUUGGAAAUAUGAAACUAACGAGGCAAUUGUCCAUUUCUGAAACAAGUGAGAAUUUGCUAGUGUUUAAGCAAUCUGGUAUCACAUAACACUAGAACUACUAUUCUUACUAUCAUAACUUCUUUAACAAAUGCUUGUUUAUCUUUGUUUACUAUCACCGUUCCAAAUCAAUGAUUACACAUUCCAAAAAUCAGACUAAGUUAACCUACCAUAGGGCAAUAACUUUUUAAUAAUUUAAUACAAAUACAACCAAAUGAAUGAACAAUAUCUUUAAUAUUAAUCUGUUUAGCAAUUAUUAGACUUGGUUUGUAGAUUGAGUGCAGUUUCUUAUAUUUACCAGGAUGACCCUCUUCUAUUACAACAAAAUUAAUUUACUUGGUUUAUUUUAAUUUUUUUUUUUUAUAUAUAAGAGCCAUGCAUUCAGUCCAGCUGCAAUAAGAUCGUUAAUGAGAGGGCCACGUGACAAUGCAGAGUGCAAGGUACCAUUGAAGGACUACAGCACCUUGACCAAUGUGGUAGGUGCACAUGAUUCGUAUUAAUUAUAUGCAAGAAAUACAUAGUUUUGAAUGCCCUUAAUAAAUAAGUGUAUACAAUUGUUUGUGUGGGUUAAAAAAAAAAAUUAAAAAAAUUGUGGCAAUUAAAUGACUUUUCAUUGUAUCCACUUUUCCUGUUUGAUUUGCAGGUGCCUUGUGCUCCUCCUGCCUAUGAGAAGAUUGCUACAGUGUCACAACCACCACCAUAUACACCAUAAACCAUUUGCAUCCUGCAUGUUAUCAACACAACUAAGUUGACUUGACAAAUAAUGUAAUCUACCUACUGGCAUUGUCACAAUAAAUUACUGAAUUUACAUCAAAUGUUCUGUUUCUGUACUCUUUUGGGAAUACUGGACCUGAGUAGCUAGUAUGGUGGAUUAAAAGGUGCAUAUAAUAUUUCCUUGUUGUUCAACCCCUUUUCAUCUAGAUCUCGGUGACUGGACUUGGGUAGUGUUUUAUUAAUACUGUGAGUAGU